AAAAUAAUGAUACUUAUUUUUUUCUUUCUCUUUUCCAAAUUGACUUACAUAUAUGAAAAUUAAUAUUGAUAAAUUUUUAUUAAGACAAUGAGAAUACGUUCUUCUUCCAAUCUAAUCUCAGUCGUCUGAGAUAAUUAGAUCACAAUAGAAAUCUUUUAAAAUUCCAAUUUUCUAUAAAUAUCAAUUUUAUUAGAUCAGGCGUGCAAACGAAUGAACUGAAAAAUUAUUUAAUAAAAAUAAAACUAAUUUAUAAUCCAUGGAUUACAUAUAAUAAAUAAUUUACAUACUAAUUGCAUGUUCUAUUUAUAUACUUAUAUAUUUUUCUACAUUCGAUUAAUUUUUCACGUAUCAUAGAGCUGCAAGUUUGUUGCAUAACGCUUUACAACCCACUAAGUUAUAGAUAACUCUCUCCUUCAUCUUUUUCCUUGCAAUAUCGCAAAUUAGCUGGUGAACGUAUAAUACAUACAUACGCAGUCUUGAAUUACACAUUUGCCUUUUGAUUAUCCUUCUAACACGUUCGUCCUGUCUUUAUAAUUUUAUAAGUCUUAUCUUAACACUUCCUUUUUGUUUUCGAACAAAAAACAAUCGGAAGUCAAAAUUGAACAGGACAUCUCAUCAAUUGAUCUUUUAUAUUUUGCUGUUCGUUCAACGAUUAGAACAUUAAAAUGCAAACUAAAAUCAAGUAUUCGAGUGCAUCAGAAAAUUCUGAAAAAAACUUCAAUUUGAUGUGGAAAAAUAUAUCUUUCGCCGUGAAAAAGAAAAUAAAUCAAAAUUACUUAAAGAGUUUCCUCGGAUUAGACAGAUGCGAAUAUAUUCGUAUUUUGAAUGGAGUAAAUGGUAUUAUUCAAUCUGGAACAUUGAUGGCUAUCAUGGGUCCGAGCGGAGCUGGAAAAACAACUCUUCUUGCGACGUUAAGCCAACGAAUAAAAGGCGAAAUCGAGGGUGAAAUUUUAUUGAACGGGAGAUCAAUUAACAAGAAAGAAAUGAUUCAAAUAUCUGGUUAUGUGCCUCAACAGGAUCUUGUUGUUGAAUCAUUGACCGUUCAGGAACACAUGGAAUUUAUGGCAUGUAUGAAGAUGGAUCGAAGGUAUCAUGCAGGUUUAAGAAAAUUAAGAAUAUCUGCACUUUCGACGGAAUUGACAUUGAUCAAUUGUGUUAAUUCAAAAUUGUCAGCAUUGUCUGGUGGUGAAAGGAAGAGAAUGUCCUUGGCAGUACAAUUAUUGACAGAGCCCAGUAUUCUCUUUUGCGAUGAACCUACGACAGGUCUUGACAGUUAUGCAGCCAUGACAAUAGUGAAAACUCUUCAUGACGUUGCUACAAGGGGUAAAAUAGUUAUCUGUUCUAUACAUCAACCAGCUUCAGGUUUACUCGACAUUUUUCAUCAGCUUUUAUUAAUAUCCGCCAGUCGAGUUGCCUUUCAAGGCUCAAUAACCGACGCUAAAAAUUUCUUUGAUAGCUUAAAUCUACAUUGUCCACCAACUUACAAUGAUGCUGAGUUUUACGUGUCCCAAUUAUCUGUUAAACAUGAGAACGAGGAUGACAAUUCUAAGAAGGUGAAAUGGAUCUGUGAUCGAUAUGAAAAAUCAAUUUACGGAGAAAAAGUUUUAUCUUUGAUCAGAAAUAACCACGAAUAUGUUAAAGAUAUUAAUAAUUUAUCAAUAAUAUUUUCGGAUAAUGUAUUAUCGAAAAAUGAUUUUAAAAAGAUCAGAACAUUAACUCAAAUCAAAUGGCUACUUUGGCGAACUUACAUCGAUUACAAGAGAAAUUUCUUUUCUAUACUCCUACGAUUUAUAUUUUAUUUGUUUAUAGGUAUUAUUAUAUCUUUACCAUACAUAAAUGUAACUAAGGAAAUUGAUCAAAGUAGUAUACAAAAUAUGCAAGGUCUCAUUUAUCUAAUCGUAGUGGAAACAAUAUUCAUGUUUAAUUACGCCUAUUUUUAUACAUUCCCAAGUGAAUUGCCAUUACUUUUGCGUGAAAUCGCAGCGACCUUGUACGAUCCAACAUCAUAUUACAUCAGUAAAGUUCUAAUUAUGAUUCCAGGUACCAUAUUUCAACCAUUUUUAUAUGCCGGAAUAAUUUAUCUUAUCACCGGAUUGAAAAGUGGAUUAUUUGAUUUUUUUUAUUUCAUUAUACCAAUUAUUUUCUGUGCCUUUGCUGCUUCCGCUUUUGGACUCUUGAUGUCAGCAUCCUUUAAUUCAAUAGAGACAGCUUCUUUGGUAUCCGUACCAAUCGAUUUCCUAAAUCUUUUGUAUUCUGGCAUCUUCUUACAUCUUGGAAACUUAUCGCCACUAAUAUCAUGGUUAAGAUAUUUAUCAAUAUUUUAUUAUGGUUUGGAAGCUGUUUCUUUGGUGCAAUGGAAAAAAAUUGAUCAUAUAGAUUGUUUAUCAGAUCCAGAAAUAUCUUGCAUCUCUACUGGGUUAAAAGUUCUUGAUAAAUAUGGUUACAUAAUCGAUCAUUAUUACAUUGAUUUAUUAGGUCUUUUAAUAAUAUGUCUUGUCUGUCAUUUUGUCAGUUUUUUGAUACUUCGUUGUAAAAGUCAAAAGGCACCGGUUUAUUAGAAAUUAUAUAUAUAUAUAUAUAUAUAUAUAUAUAUAUAUAUCAUCGUUAUGAAUUAUUUAUAAUAUAACAUUAAAUAAUAAUAACAAUUAUACAGAGGGAAGAAUAAAAUUAAUGCAUAACUUGAUCUUUACAAUUGCCUACCUAAUCAACAAAUUAAUUCUAAUCGUAAAAUUUAUACCAAUUACAUCAUAUUUGACUAAUACUAGUUAUCUUACUUUUUCUAAUAUGUCUAGUUUUUUCUUUUAAGAUAAAAGACUUACUCUCCUGGUUCUUUUAACUCCAAGGUAUCCAACGAUAGACAUGACGAUUGUUAACAUUAUCAUUCCACAUAAAUCCAAGAUAAAGUUCGACCCAAUAUAACCAUACUCAUAUAAAACUUCCGUUCCAUUUUCUAAACAUGGUAAUCCUUCGCCUAGUUCACAAUCUAAAAUAUCACGUUUACGUUCCUCUAAUCUUCGUUAUCAUCAUUACACAAAGGAAAAAAAAAAAAAAAAAAAAGAAAAAAAAGUAAUACAUAAAAAAUUUCUUACCAAUUUUAUCAACGUGAGACCAAUAAAUUAUU